AUGAUCCCCAAGGAGCAGAAAGGGCUGGCCAUGUCUGCCCCGGGGGACCUCUCGGAACCAGUGCCCUUGCUGGACCUGGGCAAGAAGCUGAGCGUGCCCCAGGACCUAAUGAUAGAGGAGCUGUCACUCCGCAACAACCGGGGGUCCCUCCUCUUCCAGAAGAGGCAGCGCCGCGUGCAGAGGUUCACCUUUGAGCUUCCAGACAGCCAGCGGCUGAGCCUGGCUGGAAGCGCCAAGAAGAAGGCGCUUGGAACAGCGGAGCCCGGGACGGUGAGUGUCGCCAACGGCCCGGAGGCGCAGAGCUACCGCUCGGAGCUGCACGUCUUCCCGGGCUCGCCCGGGGGCCUGGACGACGCCCACGGCACGGGCGCCCUGGCGGAGAGCACCCGCAGCCCCAGCGCCCUGGCCCCAGGCUACUCCGAGCCGCUGAAGGGCGUCCCGCCAGAGAAGUUCAAUCACACGGCCAUCCCCAAAGGCUACCACUGCCCGUGGCAGGAGUUCAUCAGCUACAGGGACUACCUGGGCGACAGCAGCAGUCACACCCUCAGCCCAGCCAGCUACCGCAAUUUCAACAAGACCCCGGUGCCAUUUGGAGGACCCCUCGUGGGGGAGGCCAUCCCCAGGGCAAGCACCCCUUUUGUCCCAGAGCCCUUCAAUGGCUUGGAGCUCCUCCGCCUCAGACCCAGCUUCAACAGAGUGGCCCAGGGCUGGGUCCGCAACCUCCCGGAGUCUGAGGAGCUGUAG